GAGAUUAUUAGCCUUAUUUUAGCCUAAUUUGAGUUACCGCCAAGGAAAUCUGAUUUAGCGCAGCGUUUUGUUUAUUGUUUUAAUUAUUGUUUAAUGAUGGAAAGUAAAAUCUCCGAGUUCCCAGUCAGCGCCUUGAACGCAGCAUAACGUUUACCAUCAGCGAACCGCUUCCUGUUAGACGGUGGAUUGAGUCGCAGAAAUGGCGAACGUGGUGCUGGAGUUUAAGGUUUCUGCCGGUGACUCGGAGCCCCAGAGUCGGCCCGUCCUGAUACUGGGCCAGCAGAACAACCUGCAACAAGUCAGCUGGAGCCACAUCAAAGGAAAACUGCAGCCCGUCGUGAGCAAAGAGACCUGGCAGGCAGCUCUUAAUGCUUUGAACCCGAACCCCACAGACAGCUGCCCCCUGUACCUAAAUCAAGCCGUGGUGGCCGCUCUUCCUUCACGGGUCAGCAGGCACAACACCCCGGCUUCUGUCCACUUUUUGUCACGCCUGAUCCGUUCUUGCCUUCCUGGAGGGAACAACCGCUGCAUUGUGGUGGUGUGUGAGCGUUCAGAUGUGUUUGCCUCUGCUUGCGCCGUCGCCAGGGCCUUUCCCCUCUUCACCCGUCGCUCUGCAUCGUCUCGCAGGACUGAGAAAAAGCACGUGACUGUGGAGUUUGUGGCGGUUGGUAACGACAGCAGUCCUCUGGAUGACGUUGAAAUUCGGUGUCUCGCCAAUGCUGCUGAUGGUGUACGUCUGGCAGCUCGCAUUGUGGACACACCAUGCAAUGAGAUGAACACAGACCACUUCUUAGAUGAAAUAAAAGCUGUGGGAAAUGAACUAGGAAUUACUCCGGUCAUCAUUCGUGGAGAGGAACUGAAACAAAGAGGAUUUGGAGGUAUUUAUGGCGUUGGAAAGGCAGCAGAGAAUCCUCCUGCGUUAGCGGUGUUGAGCCACACUCCUGACGGGGCGACGCAGACCAUCGCAUGGGUGGGCAAAGGCAUCGUGUAUGACACUGGUGGACUCAGCAUCAAGGGAAAGACUACAAUGCCUGGAAUGAAGAGAGACUGUGGUGGAGCUGCUGCUGUUUUGGGAGCUUUUAAGGCCACCAUCAAACAGGGCUUUAAGGAUAACCUCCAUGCAGUGUUUUGUCUUGCGGAGAACUCUGUGGGACCUACAGCUACUCGACCCGAUGAUAUCCACACUCUUUACUCUGGAAAGACAGUGGAGAUCAACAACACUGAUGCAGAGGGCAGGCUGGUGCUGGCAGAUGGAGUGGUGUACGCCUGUAAAGAUCUGUCUGCUGACAUUAUUCUGGAUAUGGCCACUCUAACGGGGGCUCAGGGAAUCUCCACAGGGAAGUACCACGCUGCCAUCAUGACCAACAGCGAGCAAUGGGAGGUUGCGUGUGUGCGUGCAGGUCGCAGCAGCGGCGAUCUCACCCACCCUCUGGUGUACUGUCCUGAGAUGCAUUUCAGCGAAUUCACCUCAGCUGUGGCUGACAUGAAAAACUCUGUGGCUGACCGUGAGAAUGCCCAGAGCUCCUGUGCUGGCCUCUUUAUUGGUUCCCACUUGGGCUUCGAUUGGCCCGGUGUCUGGGUCCACGUCGACAUUGCUUCCCCAGUUCACGCGGGUGAGCGUGCCACUGGGUUCGGUGUUGCUUUGCUCAUGGCCCUGUUUGGCCAGGCAUCAGAUGACUCCCUGCUGAACCAGGUGUCUCCUCUGGGAGCUCCAUGCAACAAGCCUGAAGGCCAGAUGGAGCGGGACUGCAAGAGACGCAGACUGGUGUAGAGCAGCAAACAGUUCACUCCUCGACCUCCAAGCACCCCCGGCGGUUGAAGCUCCUCCAGUUAGUUGAAGCAUUUUAAACUGGUGUUUGAUAAUGGACAAUCAAUAAAUUCAAAAGUGGUGUAAACGACGAUGAUCAAACACUGAUCUUCACUUGUCCUCAUUACUGAUCAGCUCCAUUGCAUCUUUUUUUUUUGGUGUUUACUAUAAGAUUAGAAAUCAAAGAAAAGUGGGGGUUUGUCUUAUUAAUCAGGUUUAUUGUGAUUAUUUUUGAAAGACUAAGAGUUUAACACAUACCUCACAGAAUUUUCUUUAAAAUCAACUUAUCUACAGGAAUCUUUGUAACUAUUCGUUUUCUGCCAUUAUGUCUUACACAUUGGGAUUUCUGGUGGGUUAUUAGUUAAAGUUGUCGGGAACCACUGCACUUUGUAUUCAUCCUGGUGAACUGCGUGAUCCUGUCACUAAAUCGAGCAUUAAGUGCCCACCGCAGGUUUUAACAGUUCGUUUUAGAGAAAUAAGAUGUUUUGUCAGCUUAAAACACGUGUAAUAUGUUAUGCUAGUAGCAGUGUUUGUCAGUCCUUCACAAUGACGUGUUUCCACAUGUCUGACAAUCAUGAUGUCCCUCAGUAAAGGCGGUGCCAUCUGAGAAAAUAAUAAAACUAGUAUGUGAACUUGAA